AUGACGGGAGGCAUGUGUGCGCUGGUGGCCGCAAAGAUAGUCGGGCCGAGGACGAAAAGGUUUCGGAACGGCAUCCCCAACCGAAUGCCGCAGCAAAGCCCCGCCCUGCAAACCUUGGGCGCCUUGAUACUCUGGGUCGGCUGGUAUGGUUUCAACGGGGGCUCCGUGGGAUCAGUGUCCAACGGGAGGAGCUCCUUGGUGGCCGCGGCUGUGGUGAACACUACAAUUUCGGCAGCCGCAAGCGUGCUUUCCGUGGGCCUGUGGCUGAAGAUCGUCUACAAAAAGAUCGACAGCGGACACCUCAACAACGGGAUUCUCUCUGGUUUGGUGGCCAUCAGCGCUAGCGGGUCGUUGGUGCAACCGGAAGGGGCGUUCAUCGUCGGGGCGGUGGCGAGCGCGUUCUACAUGCUCGGCACGGAGGGCCUGAAAUGGUUUAGGAUCGAUGACGUCGUGCAAGCUUCGGCCGUGCACCUCAUGUGCGGCGCGUGGGGAUUAGUAUCUGUCGGUCUGUUCAGCACAAGGAGCCGCUACCAAGACUUGUACAGCUACGGAAACUUCUCCGACCCAGAACGAGACGAAGAGUGCUGUGGACGUGAGUGGCGUGAUCAUUUUUGAGCUGGUCACCAACUCUUAACACCUACCCUAGCAGUACGACCAAUGGUGUCGUGCACAAUGCCGCCCUAGCCACAGGCGCUGUUGGUUGAAAAUCAUUUGCGCAUGUUCCUCCCUUACAUUAGCGUUGUUCUCGUGACCGGGGUUGUGUAUAACAUAGCAUUCAUUCCCUGGGGGCAGCUGCGUACAAGUACUAAUUCCCUACUUGUACUCUGACCACCACGGGCGAACAUAUAUCAUCUUUUCGCCUUGUAGAAGAGGGGUCCAAGCACCCCCCACUACUGCCCUCCGCCUUCUCCUGCCCAUCCCCGAAAUGAUGCGGGAGAGGCCACUACUAGAGGAUUCGCUGCAUUUUCUUUUUUUCAUCACUCGCCGGGACUCGAGGCCUUGGAAUAGGUUGCUUCUUUGCCAUACGUGCAUUCUACACGACGUUCGACCGCGAAGCGCCACACAACAAAUGUGGGCAUAAUUU